GUAAGCACGUGGUUCCGUAUGUGUGUCAGACAGAGGUUUUCUGAGCUCCCCCUCUCUUUUUCCCCCCCAGACAGUUAAUAUUCAUUUUCCAGCACUUUUAUCCUCUACCAACCCACGACGAUUCGAAACGACAACCGGGAGGAGUGUGUGUGUGUGUUGUGCCAUCCGAUCCAUCUCGUUCGCGGGUCAUGACGCUCGAGGCGAUCCGUUACCGGGCCGGGUCUCUGCAGAUUCUUAACCAGCUGCUCCUACCGCAGGAGACUGUGUUCGAUGAGGUCCGCACAGUGCAGGACGGCUAUGAAGCGAUCAAGUCCAUGAAGGUACGGGGGGCUCCUGCCAUCGCCAUCGUAGGCUGUCUGAGCCUGGCAGUGGAGCUGCGCGCAGGUGCCGGGGGCAACGACCCUGUGACCUUCAUCCGGGAGUCUCUGUGUCACCUGACUUCUGCAAGACCCACGGCCGUCAAUAUGGGCCGGGCCGCCCGAGAACUGAUGGAGUUUGCCGAGAACGAGAGCAUGGAGAAAAACACAGAACAACUCACAGAGAGUGUGAUUGGCUGGAUCGAGGAGAUGCUGGAGCGGGAUGUCAAUGACAACAAGAAGAUCGGUAACUACGGAGCUCAACACAUCCUGUCUGGUGUUCCCCGAGACUCAGUCACGAUCUUAACUCACUGCAACACCGGGUCACUGGCCACGGCAGGAUACGGCACCGCACUGGGUGUGGUGCGUUCCCUCCAUGCUCUCGGCAGACUGAAGCGGAUGUAUUGUACAGAGACCAGACCCUAUAACCAAGGGGCCAGACUGACAGCCUAUGAGGCCGUGGCUGAAGGUUUCCCUGCUACUCUCAUCACAGACAGCAUGGCUGCACUCACCAUGAGAGAGAAGAGCAUCACAGCUGUUGUCGUAGGGGCGGACAGGGUGGUUGCUAACGGUGAUACGGCCAACAAAAUCGGCACGUACCAACUGGCCAUCGCCGCAAAGCACCAUGGGAUCCCGUUCUACGUGGCGGCGCCCAGCACGUCAUGUGACCUGAGUCUGGAGAGCGGCCGGCACAUUGUCAUCGAGGAGCGCCCCGCCGAGGAACUCACCAGCAUCAACGGAGUACCCAUCGCUGCCCCAGGUAUUGAUGUGUGGAACCCGGCGUUUGACGUGACCCCCCACCAGCUGAUAACGGGGGGCAUCAUCACAGAGCUGGGGGUGUUUCUGCCCUCGGAGCUGCAGGCAGCACUCACCGGCCGUCUCACUGCCCUGUAGACGGCGCUAUUACCACCCGCUGGCCGCCGUGCGCUACUGCACCUUAAUAUUCCUGCUCUCACUCUCUCAUACGACUUCCACGUCCUCACACACACAAAUGAUGUGGAAGUCCAGUUUUGUUACAUUUACACACACAGUCAGUGUUCUACAAACUCACACGUUUUACGUGUGUCUCACACACACAUCAACACAGGAACUCAGACACACACAUCAAACCCACUCCUGUCCCUCCCUCUCUCUCCUCUCUCUGGUCUCUCCUGUCUCUCUCCUCUCUCUGGUCUCUCCUGUCCCUCCCUCUCUCUCCUCUCCUGUGUUCAUCUCCUGUCUCUCUCCUCUCUCUGGUCUCUCCUGUCCCUCCCUCUCUCUCCUCUCCUGUGUUCAUCUCCUGUCUCUCUCCUCUCUCUGGUCUCUCCUGUCCCUCCCUCUCUCUCCUCUCUCUGGUCUCUCCUCUCUCUGGUCUCUCCUGUGUUCAUCUCCUGUCUCUCUUCUCUCUCUGGUCUCUCCUCUCUCUGGUCUCUCCUGUCUCUCUCUGGUCUCUCCUCUCUCUGGUCUCUCCUGUCCCUCUCUCUGGUCUCUCUCUCCUCUCUCUGGUCUCUCCUGUCCCUCCCUCUCUCUCCUCUCUCUGGUCUCUCCUGUCCCUCCCUCUCUCUCCUCUCUCUGGUCUCUCCUCUCUGGUCUCCUCUCUCUGGUCUCUCCUGUCCCUCUCUCUCCUCUCUCUGGUCUCUCCUGUCCCUCCCUCUCUCUCCUCUCUCUGGUCUCCUCUCUCUGGUCUCUCCUGUCCCUCUCUCUCUCUCCUCUCUCUGGUCUCCUCUCUCUGGUCUCUCCUGUCCCUCUCUCUCUCUCCUCUCUCUGGUCUCCUCUCUCUGGUCUCUCCUGUCCCUCCCUCUCUCUCCUCUCUCUGGUCUCUCCUGUCCCUCUCUCUGGUCUCUCCUCUCUCUGGUCUCUCCUGUCCCUCCCUCUCUCUCCUCUCUCUGGUCUCUCCUGUCCCUCCCUCUCUCUCCUCUCUGGUCUCUCCUCUCUGGUCUCCUCUCUCUGGUCUCUCCUGUCCCUCUCUCUCUUCUCUCUGGUCUCUCCUGUCCCUCCCUCUCUCUCCUCUCUCUGGUCUCCUCUCUCUGGUCUCUCCUGUCCCUCUCUCUCUCUCCUCUCUCUGGUCUCUCCUGUCCCUCUCUCUCUCUCCUCUCUCUGGUCUCCUCUCUCUGGUCUCUCCUGUCCCUCUCUCUCUCUCCUCUCUCUGGUCUCUCCUGUGUUCAUCUCCUGUCACCGACAGAACGAACCAGUCUCCUUCAGAAGAACUGGCCUAUACUACAUCCUGAUCAGAUCAGAGUUCUCCAAACAGUUAGGAAUGAAAAAUGUAACAGUUAUACCCAAUCACAAUAUUAUAUAUUCACAUGUAGUUUUCUCUGGAAAAGUGUUUCAUAGAAAUGUGAGUUUAAGAAAAUUGACGACACUUGAUUGCUGAAAAUACAUUGGUGAGUCUCAAAUAGCACCUUAUUCCCUUUAUAGUGCACUAUUUGACUACAGCCCAUAGGCUCUAGCCAAAAGUAGUGUACUAUAUAGGGAAUAGGGCUCUAGCCAAAAGUAGUGCACUAUAUAGGGAAUAGGGCUCUAGCCAAAAGUAGUGCACUAUAUAGGGAAUAGGGCUCUGGUCUAAAGUAGUGCACUAUAUAGGGAACAGGGCUCUGGUCUAAAGUAGUGCACUAUAUAUGGAACAGGGCUCUGGUCUAAAGUAGUGCACUAUAUAGGGAACAGGGCUCUGGUCUAGAGUAGUGCACUAUAUAGGGAACAGGGCUCUGGUCUAAAGUAGUGCACUAUAUAGGGAAUAGGGCUCUGUGCCUAAAGUAGUGCACUAUAUAGGGACUAGGGGGGUCAUUUGAGACACAACCAUUACCAAAGUAACUGAAAUUAGAACUAUUCAAACCAAAACAAAGCAAGUUGACAUUAUCUCGAGCAAAACCUCUUUAGUCAGCUGAUGCGUAUAACUUGUGGCUACCUCCCUAUACCUCACAUAAUGUCUGAACCUCGCUGGUCCAAUCUGUACCGUAUCGACCCCGACCCCCAGGGUUAUCAAACCUCUCCUCAGACGUUUCACAAUUCUGUUGUAGCCCUGAACGAGGUCGCCUGAUUCACCUGGUCGAGGGCUUGAUGAUUAGUUGACAAGUUUUUUUUUUUUUUACCUUUAGUUUACUAGGCAAGUUAAGAACAAAUUCUUAUUUUCAAUGACGGCCUAGGAACAGUGGGUUAACUGCCUGUUCAGGGGCAGAAAGACAGAUUUGUACCUUGUCAGCUCGGGGAUUCGAACUUGCAACCUUUCGGUUACUAGUCCAACGCUCUAACCACUAGGCUACCCUGCCGCCCUUGAAUCAGGUGAGCGAGCUGUAGACCUGGGUCCCAGAGGAGAGGUUUAAAAACCACCGCCCUACUGUACCAUAUCAGACUACACAGAAUACACAGAAACACUAUAUAUACUCUCAACACCAAUCUCCAUCUUAUUAGGCCUGGACAACAAGUCAAGCAAAAUAAACCCUUUUUCCUCUUGGCCCGAGAUGGAACUCUCGGCUUUAAACAACAAUUGAAUGGAAUGUUGAUGUUUGUUCUAAAGAUUGUAUUUCUAUGAUGUACUGAAUGUCACAGGGGCCCUGCACUGCUCAAUGCCUUUCACCACCAGCACCACCGCUCACACACAGGACAGGACAGGACAGGACAGGACAGGACAGGACAGGACAGGCAGGCAUCCCGAAUGGCAUCCUAUUACCUAAAUGGUGCACUACUUUUGACCAGAGCUUUGGUCGUAAGUAGUGCACAAUAGAGGGAAUAAUGGGUUGUAAUUUGGGACAGGUCCCAGGACAGCAGGCUAACAGGGAGGAACGUAGUCCUUCAACCCCCCCCCAGAAAAAAAAAUGCAAGGUGGCGGUCCGAAAGUUGCCUGGCUACCCAAACUCCUUGCUCUAGUGAACCGCUAGGCCACGCCCAUGAACGUUAGUUUCUUCUCCGCAAUGAGACUGGAUCUGAGAACGAUUUCUAGAACGCAAACACAUUCUAACCAUUCUGAUUAGUCCCACAAACCGAUGGGUUGGGCCAGAGUCAGAAAGGCGGCGUUUUGAAAAUUCGUCAUUGGCUUUGAUACUCUGAUUGGUUAGAGAUGAUCCAAUCGCUGAUGACUUUGUUUUUUUACAACACCCCUCAUUAUGUCGUCGCCACAAACGCCUUCAACGAUGGCAGUCUGACUGAAGUAUGUAGCCAACCUAGAGCAGAGGGGGAAAAUGUACAGUCGUUUGAGUUGUCAGGCAAGUCUGGAAGGUCAGAGGUGAAAUACAUCCCCAAAUCCACUACUCUACUACUCCAUCAUCCCUCAUUCGGAAACCUCUGAUCUCUAAACACACCACACCUCCUCGCCCAUUGGACCAUUUCUGGUCCACACCAGGCAUUCUUAUCUAGAACUUUCCUGUCAAAAAAAAUAAUACAUUAUUUUGAAUUCUAGAAUCCGUAGUGUCAUAACUGUUCCAUAUUCUAGAAUCGCAGUAGAACAGAGACCCCUCCAUCCCCAACCUCUCCCUGUCAAACUUACCCCUCUCUCUCUCUCUCUCCCUUCCUCUCACAGCGAUGCUGUUGGCUGUCAAAUCACAUAAGGGUCUAGAAUCAAACACCACUGUUGUGUUUUGGGGUUCCUUUCUUUGUCUUUUAUUUUGAGAAACUGAACUGGAAUAAAUCAGAGGGGAGAGUUUUAACGGUCGAGAACAAUGUAGCAACUUUGUCGCCAUCCGUAGAUUGUUAUGUUGAAAACUUUUUAAAAAGGGUACGAGAAUCCGUUUGUCUCUUAUCAUGAAGACUUUUGUUGUUGUUGUCGUUGACUGGAAACCAGAUGCUGUUCUGUGUUAACAUUUCACCCCUUGUAGUCCGGGGCAUUGUUUGGCAUGACAAAGAGUGGAAGGAUGGCACGAACAGACUGGUAACCAGGCUACUCUUGUUUGGCUGUGAUCAGUUGUUUUAUUGUGGUGAUUCUUAGUGAUAAAGCUGUUGUUAAUGAGACUACACUGAGAGGCCUCCUCGACCACACACACAUAUUAUCACACACACACACACACACUGAUAAAAUGUCAGGAUAGACUGUGUUUAAUUGGAAUUAUCUGCCAGUCAGUCACCCAAAGGUUCUGUUUAUUUAGCAGGCUCAGGGAUGUGUCCCAAAUGGCACCCUAUUUCCUUUGUAGUGCACUAUUUUUAACCUGGGCCCUAUAGGGUUCUGAUCAAAAGUAGUGCACUAAUAUAGGGAAUAGGGUGACAUUUGGACGCAUACUAGAUCUAGACAGAGGACACCCUAUUGAAUAGUGUAAAAUAUCUCCUACUCUCUGUACUGAGGGCAUCUUAAGAGGCAGUAAAUCCCCAGUGUACUGUAGGAAACCAUCUGUCCUUCCUCUUGUUCUCCGUCCCCAAUAACCACACUAGGAUACUAUCUAGUAUGCACGGGCUGAAUUGCUUCAUACUAAGUAGUAUGCAAGGGUGGAUACUUCGGGACAUGACCUAAUGAGUCUAGUUUUUGGGAGAGGAAGAUGCCAAAUUAAGUGCCAAAUGCAACGCUAUCAUCACUUCUACUCCCUCUGAGAUUUCAACCAACGGGAGAUUGUCCUGAUGACCGGGUGUUUGUGAAUAAGCCAAUAGGAAGCAUGGCUGGUGAUAUUAGUGCGGGUGGGGGUGUAGUCGAUUAGAAGGCCUCUUUCUACGUGUAGUUAUGUUAUUGUUUAUAUUCAUAUCUGGGGUUUAGUUUUGUAUCAUGUGGAAAUAGUUCAAAAAUUGAUGUUUUUUUAAUAUGAAUAUAAUGCUGUAAACUGCAUACCUGAAUUAAGAAGAGAUUUCUCUUUCACGACAAUACAAUAAAGAGUGAACAAAAACA